AGGUGGUCUGUGGUUGGCUGCAGUUGUAGGAAAGAUUUCUUUUAAACUGGGGGGCGGGAGUUCAUUCAGUCAGUUACAAGCGGAGAAAAGAUCGUUGUACGCUCUGAUGGCGUCUCAGAACCAGGAUCCUGCAGCAGCCGCUUCUUCAUCUGCAGCUGCUCUGAAGGCCAACGAGAGCGGCAACAGCGCCACCCGAGGCUCUGUGUCCAAACGUUUGCAGCAGGAGCUCAUGACACUGAUGAUGUCAGGUGACAAAGGAAUCUCAGCGUUUCCAGAAUCAGACAAUCUUUUUAAGUGGAUUGGAACAAUUGAUGGACCACAGGCAACGGUUUAUGAGGGUCUCAGGUACCGACUCUCCCUGGAAUUCCCAGCUGGAUAUCCAUACCAGGCCCCCCGUGUGAAGUUCGUGACUCCAUGUUUUCAUCCCAAUGUGGACGACCAGGGUUUUAUCUGCCUGGACAUUUUAAAGGAUAAGUGGUCCGCGCUGUACGAUGUGCGCUCCAUCCUGUUGUCUGUGCAAAGCCUGCUGGGAGAGCCAAACAACGAGAGUCCACUGAACACGACCGCUGCAGAACUAUGGGCUGACCAGGGAGCAUAUAAAGCACAUCUCCAGUCGACCUUCCAGAAGUGAAGAUCUUCCCCCCUCUUCUUUGUCUUUCAUCUUUUUUUUUGUCUUAUCUAAGUUGUCUGUGUUUUGUAAAAUAUUUUUAUGUCCAAUAAAGAUCUUAAACAACA